UGUUCUUUUCUUAACAUGGUUCACUAGUGAUAAAUGCCACCCGUUCGGUGUGGGCGGGGUCCUGACUGCUGUUUUCUUAGGUAGCCCGUUAAAAUGCCCGAACUCAAAACACUUCUUUUUCCAAGAUGGCGUCGAUGAAGGACAGCGACACCGGCCUGUGGCUUCACAACAAACUGGGCUCCACGGACGAGCUCUGGACGCCUCCGAGCAUCGCCUCUCUCCUCACCGUGUCGGUAAUUGACAACAUUCGGCUGUGCUUUUCGAGCUUGUCGCCGCCGGUGAAGCUGAAACUGCUGCUCGGGAUGCUGCACCUCCCGAGGCGGACCGUUGACGAGAUGAAGGAGGCCCUGUCUGAGAUAAUCCAGCUGGCUACGGUGGACUCAGAGCCCUGGGUGCUGAUGGUUGCAGACAUCCUCAAGUCCUUCCCAGAGACCGGCUCUCUCAAUCUGGACUUGGAGGAGCAGAAUCCAAAUGUGCAGGAUAUUCUUGGAGAGCUCAGGGAGAAAGUGAGUGAGUGCGAGGCGUCUGCCAUGCUUCCUCUGGAGUGCCAGUACCUGAACAAGAGUGCUUUAACCACUCUGGUUGGACCCCUCACACCCCCCGUCAAACAUUUCCAGCUGAAAAGGAAGCCGAAAAGUGCGACCCUCAGGGCGGAGCUGCUGCAGAAAUCCACAGAGACAGCCCAGCAGCUGAAAAAGACAGCCGGAGUGCCUUUUCACGCCAAAGGGAGAGGACUGGUCAAAAAGAUUGACACUACCACUCCUCUCAAGGGGAUUCCCAAGGCCCCAUUCCGCAGCCCCACUGCCCCCAGUAUGUUCAGCCCACCCAGUAACCGCACGCCUAUAGCCCCAGCACGGACGCCUCUGCGCAAGGAGAGAGGAGUCAAGCUGUUAGAUAUUUCAGAGCUGGACAUGGUCGGAGCUGGAAGAGAGGCUAAGAGGAGAAGAAAGACUUUGGAAACGGAGGCCGGAGAGAAAGCAGCCAAAGAGGAAGCCGUGGUGGAAAACACCACACCAGACUACGCUGCCGGCCUCGUCUCUGCACAGAAACUGGGGGCACUGAACGAGAAUCCUCUGCCGUCAACCAGCUACCUACCAGCCACACCCAGCAUGGUUCCCUCUUCCUCUUACAUUCCCAGCUCCGAGGCACAGCCAGCGAAUGCUGGCGGUUCGGGUCGGGACACGCUGCAGUCGGCUCGCCAACCAGAGGAGUCGGCGACAGCGGGCGCUGGCGCCACCCCCACCUUACCGGGCCAAUACAAACAGAGGACGCCUAUGUACAAUGCCAGCACCACAGCAAACCCCGCGACCCCCACGUCCCCCAGCACGCCGGCCUCCACCCCCGCCAGCAACGGGCCCCCAGCUGCCGCAACCGCCAGCCAGCCCGAGACCCCCACCCAGCCUCCCAGUACACCUCAGACCCCAACCCCGACACCGACCCCCACGCCACCACAGCCUCAGCCCAAAAAGAAUCUCUCACUCACAAGGGACCAGAUGUACGCUGCCCAGGAGAUGUUCAAGACAGCCAACAAGGUCACCAGACCAGAGAAGGCCCUCAUCCUGGGCUUCAUGGCUGGAUCAAGAGAGAACCCGUGCCCGGAGCAGGGGGACAUCAUCCAGAUCAAGCUGAGCGAACACACGGAGGUUUUGCCCAAAGCAGACGGCACAGGCAGCACCACCAUGCUGGUGGACACAGUCUUCGAAAUGAACUACUCCACGGGACAGUGGACCCGCCUCAAGAAAUACAAACCCAUCACCAAUACGUCCUGAGGUGCUUCACUCGCUCAGAAAUCACACACCCAAAAAUUUCUUAUCCACUUCAAGAAAGAAAAAAAAAAAAACAUGUUUACACACAUACAAGUAUUUGCAAACACAUUUGGGCCAAA